AUGAUCACAAACGACCAGAGCGAGUUCGUCAACAAUCUUAUGUGGGCCGAUAGUCUAGAGGAACAUGAACUUGCCCGGCCAAUCGACAACUCCGAUGACGACUCCGAUGACGACACGUACAUUUCACACGAGCAAGAUUACACCUUGCCCAGCCAUGACACGGAAACUGCUGGAGAUGGAUUGGAAAUAGCAAAGAAUGAGGCGGAAGAUUUUGCCCAGUUCGUUGGCUUGAUUGUAGACUCUGGUCCAUUUGGCGCGACCAACUACGAAACCAACCGGGAGAUUGUCAUACAGAUGCUAGUGAAUGGCUCCACGACAGAGGAUGAAGCCAAGUCUGAUCUCGGAGGCUACAUUGAUUCUUUCCUAAGAAGAUCUACUGCAGAAGCCGCCUAG